AUGUCAAUUAUACUACCUCAAACCGAAGUAGUGGUGGUGGACUCUCCGAACGCUCUACUAUAUUUUCUCGAUAGCGCUCAAAAUCUCCCAGUCAAGCCUCCGUCGCUCUACCUAGAUUUGGAAGGAAUCAGGCUCAGCCGUCAUGGCUCCAUAUCCAUCAUCUCGCUUUACGUCAUCCCUACAGCAAAGAUCUACCUAAUAGACAUCUACACCCUCGGCGGCGCUGCUUUCUCAACCACAAACAGCAACUCAGUUUCUCUCAAAACCGUUCUCGAAUCCCCAGCCAUCCCAAAAGUCAUCUUCGAUGUCCGCAAUGACUCUGACGCCCUAUUCAGCCAUUUCCAGAUUUCCGUUGACGGCAUCAAGGACCUCCAACUCAUGGAACUUGCGAGUCGGAUGGGCAAUAGGGCUUAUGUCGCUGGAUUAGCGAAGUGCAUUGAAAAAGACAGCCCUGUCUUUACUACAGUGAAAACGGAAUGGCAGCACACGAAAGAUAGUGCUAGUCGGCUCUAUAACCCCGAGAAGGGCGGCAGGUAUGAGGUCUUUAACGAGCGUCCUAUGAGGCCUGAUAUCAAAGAGUACUGCGCAAGGGAUGUAGCUCUAUUACCAGGACUGUAUGGUGUCUAUGCCGCCAAGCUGCAGAACGAAGGGGCAUUCUGGCGGGUUUUAGUGCGAGAAGCGACAACAGAUCGGAUCAAGCUCUCGCAGAGCACAAGUUAUAAUGGACAGUCAGAGGACAAAUGCUGUGGGCCAUGGGAUGAGUGGAGUAUCCAGGAGGCUAUGGAAGGGAUGAAGAAGUCUGGUGGAAUAUACGGACUAAUGAUUUUGUUCUCAACGAGGACGACGUUUGGGUUUCACCUACUGUAUCGCCUUCUCUGUAAACUAAAUGGCGUAUAUGAUUUGAGUUUUAGCACUUGGUUUACUACCGCCGCGCAUCUGUGUUAG